UGACUAAGAAAAGAGGGGAAGAAAAAGGCUUUCUUUUAUCUUCUUCAUCUUUGUUUCCUUUCUCAUCUCUCACCUUCUUCUUCACAUUCAACUGAAAAACAGUGAGAGAGAGAAAGGAAAAAAACAAAAACUGAUAAAACAAACCAAAUAUCAGGAAAAAGACUUAAUCUUUUUUUCUGUAUUCAUAUUCUUUAAGCAGUUGUUGAUUAUUAAUGGAUCUGUAGAUCUAACACUUUUCAUAACCCAUAUAUAUUACUGCGUUUUAUUCAAACUUGCAUCCUUUUUACACAGAGUGGUUCAGUAGUUGACUGGAAAAUAUAGCAUAUAAGGAUUAAUCAAAACUGUGAGUCUUUUUUGUUUGGCUUUAUUUAGGAGAGGUGUUGUUAAAGGUGUGAACUUGAACAAGGGAGUAUUGUUAGUAUUGAAAGUUUUUAGUUGGAUAGUUCUUGCAUCCGUUUGGAUGUUGAGGGAUUGGCAGUAAGCAAAGGUGAAAUGAGGGAUGUUAUCAAGGUUGAUAAAUUUCUUAAAGGCAUGUUGCCGGCCAUCGUCGGACCGUUGUGUAAACACUGGUGCAGAUUCAGCUGGACGGCAAGAAGGACUUCUUUGGUAUAAGGACAGUGGACAACACUUACUAGGUGAGUUCUCUAUGGCUGUUGUUCAGGCCAAUAAUUUGCUGGAGGAUCAAAGCCAGAUUGAGUCGGGUUCACUAAGCUUGCUUGAUUCUGGCCCCUAUGGAACGUUUGUUGGGGUAUAUGAUGGACACGGUGGGCCUGAAACAUCACGGUAUAUCAAUGAUCACCUCUUUCAGCAUCUCAAGAGGUUUGCAGCUGAACAAAAUUCCAUGUCUGUUGAUGUAAUACAAAAAGCAUUUCAAGCAACAGAGGAGGGAUUCCUUUCUCUAGUUGCUAGCCAGUGGCUAACAAAACCACAGAUGUCUUCUGUUGGAUCUUGCUGUCUGGUUGGGGUGAUCUGUGAUAGGACCCUUUACGUUGCCAACCUUGGUGAUUCCCGGGCUGUUUUGGGGAGACUUGUUAAGGCUACAGGAGAGGUUCUAGCCCUUCAGCUUUCAGCUGAGCAUAAUGCAAGUAUUGAAUCUGUCAGACAGGAAUUACAUUCUAUGCAUCCGGAUGACCCACAGAUAGUAGUUUUGAAGCAUAAUGUAUGGCGUGUAAAGGGUCUGAUACAGAUUUCGAGAUCUAUUGGCGAUUUAUAUCUCAAAAAUGCUGAGUACAAUAAAGAGCCAUUGUAUGCUAAAUUUCGUUUGCGAGAACCUUUUAAAAGGCCUGUAUUAAGCGCAGAUCCAUCAAUUUCAGUGCAUGAACUCGAGCCACAUGAUCAAUUUCUCAUACUUGCUUCUGAUGGUCUUUGGGAACAUCUUAGCAAUCAAGAGGCAGUUGAUAUCGUCCAAAAUAGCUCUCGCAAAGGAAGUGCUCGGCGGCUUGUAAAAGCUGCACUGCAGGAAGCGGCGAAGAAAAGGGAGAUGAGGUAUUCUGAUUUAAAGAAGAUUGAUCGUGGUGUGAGGAGACAUUUUCAUGAUGAUAUCUCUGUCAUAGUCGUGUUUCUAGAUUCAAAUCUUGUGAGUAGAGCCAGCUCACUUAGAGAGCCCUCUUUAUCUCUGAGAGGAGGUGGUAUGAACUUCCCAGCAAAAAGUCUGGCUCCCACUCACUCAUAACUUGGUACUGCUUGACCUUUUCACUCUGUUGUAUACUUCGCUGUGUUCUUUCUGAAACUUCUUAUAAGCAAGAUAUUGUACUAGAUUAAAGAGAAAUAACAGAAAGUGCAGCACUAAUUUAUUCUUUUGUUGUGCAAUAUGAUGUUUUUGAUGUUCAAUGUAACGUUUAACUUGGAACGUGCGUCCUAUUAACUUUAUGAGCAGGCAAGAACGAAUUUUUUUUUUACAGUA